AUGGGCGACAUUCCCGGCCUCGUGAAAAUCAGCGUCUCCCUUAAGAUCCAGCCCAACGACGGGGCCGUGUAUUUCAAGGUGGACGGGCAGCGCUUCGGCCAGAACCGCACCAUCAAGCUGCUGACCGGAGCCAAGUACAAGAUCGAGGUGGUCCUGCGGCCCGGCACCGUCCAGGCCACAACAAUGGGCAUCGGAGGUGUUACUGUCCCACUGGAAGAGAAAUCGAGGGAUGCACAGGUGGUCUCUUACACAGGGAUCUACGACACAGAAGGGGUGCCCCAUACCAAGAGUGGGGAGAGACAGCCCAUCCAGGUCAACAUGCAGUUUAACGACAUUGGCGUUUUUGAAACAGUCUGGCAAGUCAAAUUCUACAACUACCACAAGCGGGAUCAUUGCCAAUGGGGUAACAGUUUUGGCUGUAUUGAGUACGAAUGCAAACCAAAUGAAACACGCAGUCUUAUGUGGAUCAAUAAAGAGACCUUCCGCUGAAGAGUCUAGCAGUGGCUUAAAAUAAAAUGGGGAGAAUUCAGAUUCACAUUGAAGAGAUGUGAAACCAGUACUGCUGGACAAUCUCCCUAAAGAGGAAUCUACCUUUUUAAACCAGCAAGAAGCCUUAACAAAGGCAUAUUGUAACAUUGCUUUGUUCCAUAAGGUUCCAACAACUAUGUUGUAUAUACAGGUGGUGUCACUAAAAUCUUUGCCUAUUACUGUAUAUUAAGUUUACCAUGGCAUCUGCAACAUUCUUUACCUGACAUCCUGAAAAUACUGAAAGUUCAUGGAAAAGAAUAUUCGAUAGCUGGGUAGAAAGUCAUACCAUCGUAAUAGCAUCAUAAGUAUCUGGAUUAUUCCCACUAAAUGGUUCUACUAGACAUAACUCUUGCAAAGUGUUUUACUUUAUUGCUUAGAAAUUGGAUGCAACAUCACUUGGGUGAUUUCUGUAUUUGCAUUUGUGUUUGCUCCUAAAUUGGUGUGCUCCUUCAAGCAUUUUGUCCUACAUGUCAUUCCAGUGGACAGCAAAAUGUGCAAACUAUGGAUAUUUGUAGGUUUAGCUAAAU